AAGAUGAUCUACAUAAAGCAUGUAGUAAAGUGUCCAGCACACAGUAAAUUUUGAUAAAUUGUUAUAUUAUUAUAUCAGCGGGGCCUGAGCUAACUGACAAGGAGUUUUUGUUUUAUUCUUAGGUGAUGUUUCUCUGAGAUGAAAUACAUAAACCUUUUAUUUCAGAAAUCCCAGGGAAUUUUAACUGGAACUACUCUGCAAUGUCUGUAUUUGAAAAGGAAAGUGAGGACAAACAAAAUGGAGAACAAGAGAGGUAUCUGCAAGCCAACAACAGAGAAUUUAACAGUCUGUUCGGAUAUCCAAACAAUAGCAUCAAGACCUCAAAAUAUAAUGCCUUUAACUUCUUGCCUAUGAACCUGUUUGAACAGUUCCAGAGACUUGCAAAUGCAUAUUUCCUCUUUUUGCUUUUCCUACAGUUGAUUCCCCAGAUCUCCUCCUUGGCAUGGUACACGACUGUGGUACCCCUGAUGGUGGUGCUGUCCAUAACAGCAGUGAAAGAUGCCAUCGACGAUGUGAAAAGGCACCAAAACGACAAUCAAGUCAACAGUCGUUCUGUUCUGGUGCUGAUGGAUGGCAGGGUAGUGACAGACAAAUGGAUGAAUGUCCAAGUGGGAGAUAUAAUAAAACUAGAAAAUAAUCAGGUUGUCACGGCUGAUGUACUAUUACUCUCUAGCAGUGAGCCUUACAGUCUGACAUAUAUAGAAACAACAGAACUGGAUGGUGAAACCAACUUGAAAGUGAAGCAAGCCAUCUCAGUUACCAGUGAGAUGGAAGAUAACCUGAAGCUGCUGUCUGCCUUUGAUGGGGAAGUGAGGUGUGAGUCUCCCAAUAACAGGUUAGACAGAUUCACAGGAAUACUGAUUUAUAAAGGAAAAAAUUACGUCCUGGAUCAUGACAGGCUGAUUCUCCGAGGCUGCAUCAUCAGGAAUACAGAUUGGUGCUAUGGCUUGGUAAUUUUUACUGGACCAGACACCAAAUUAAUGCAGAACAGUGGAAAGUCCACUUUUAAACGGACACACAUAGACCAUCUCAUGAACGUCCUUGUGCUCUGGAUUUUUCUGCUUUUAGGCAGCAUGUGUUUUGUCCUAGCAGUUGGUCAUUGCAUUUGGGAAAACAAGAAAGGCUACUACUUCCAGGAUUUUCUGCCAUGGAAAGAAUAUGUCUCUUCAUCAGCUGUCUCUGCCGUCCUUAUAUUCUGGUCCUACUUCAUUAUUCUCAACACCGUGGUGCCUAUUUCCCUCUACGUCAGUGUUGAGAUAAUAAGAUUGGGCAACAGUUUCUAUAUCAACUGGGAUCGGAGGAUGUUUUAUGAGCUAAAGAACACACCAGCACGGGCUUGUACCACCACCCUUAAUGAGGAGCUCGGCCAGGUCAAAUACGUGUUCUCCGACAAAACAGGGACCCUGACUCAGAACAUCAUGAUUUUCAACAAGUGUUCUAUUAAUGGGAAAUUCUAUGGUGUUGUCUAUGACAAGAAUGGACAGAGGGUAGAAGUCUCAGAGAAAACAGAAAAGGUCGACUUCUCCUACAACAGACUGGCUGAUCCUAAGUUUUCAUUUUAUGACAAGACUUUGGUGGAAGCAGUGAAAAGGGGAGAUCGCUGGGUACACUUGUUUUUCCUAUCACUCUCAUUGUGUCAUACCGUGAUACCAGAAGAGAAAGUAGAAGGUGAGCUGACUUACCAGGCUCAGUCCCCAGAUGAAAGUGCCCUGGUCACUGCUGCCAGGAACUUUGGCUUUGUGUUCCGUUCCCGCACGUCUGAGACAAUCAUGGUAGUCGAAAUGGGGGAAACCAGAAUCUACCAACUACUUGCUAUUUUGGACUUCAACAAUGUGCGCAAGAGGAUGUCUGUUAUUGUGAGGACACCUGAAGAUCGCGUCAUGUUAUUCUGCAAGGGGGCAGACACGAUCCUCUGUCAGCUACUUCAUCCAUCCUGUAGAUCCAUCAGAGACGUGACCAUGGAACAUUUAGAUGAUUUUGCCAGUGAUGGCCUUCGCACCCUCAUGGUGGCCUACCGAGAAUUGGACAAUGCAUUCUUCCAGGACUGGAGCAGGAAGCACAGUGAAGCCUAUCUGUCUUUGGAGAAUCGGGAAGAUAAAAUAUCAAUGGUCUGUGAAGAGAUCGAAAAAGACCUGAUGCUGUUAGGGGCCACAGCCAUAGACGACAAGCUGCAGGAUGGAGUACCUGAGACGAUCAUCACCCUGAACAAAGCCAAAAUUAAAAUCUGGGUUUUAACUGGAGAUAAGCAAGAGACUGCUGUGAACAUUGCCUAUGCCUGUAACAUAUUUGAGGAUGAAAUGGAUGGUAUGUUUAUCGUGGAAGGCAAGGAUGAUGAGACUGUUCGGCAAGAACUCAGGUCAGCAAGGGAAAAGAUGAAACCUGAGUCUCUACUGGAAUCAGACCCAGUAAACAGUUACCUCACCACAAAUCCCCGAAUGCCCUUCAAAAUACCCGAGGAGAUGCCCAAUGGCAACUAUGGCUUGAUCAUCAAUGGCUGCAGUCUGGCCUACGCUCUAGAAGGGAACCUGGAGUUGGAACUGCUGCGAACAGCGUGCAUGUGCAAGGGAGUGAUCUGCUGCCGGAUGACACCCCUUCAGAAGGCCCAGGUGGUAGAGCUGGUGAAGAGGUACAAGAAGGCGGUGACACUGGCCAUCGGGGAUGGGGCCAACGACGUCAGCAUGAUCAAAGCUGCCCACAUUGGAGUCGGCAUCAAUGGCCAGGAGGGAAUGCAGGCCAUGCUCAACAGCGACUAUGCCUUCUCCCAGUUCCGCUACCUUCAGCGUCUACUCUUGGUCCAUGGCCGCUGGUCCUAUAAUCGCAUGUGCAAGUUUCUCAGCUACUUCUUUUACAAAAACUUUGCCUUCACUCUGGUGCACUUCUGGUAUGCCUUCUACAGCGGGUUCUCUGCACAGACAGUUUAUGAUACCUGGUUUAUCACUUUCUACAACCUGGUCUACACCUCCCUCCCUGUCCUGGGCUUGAGUCUGUUUGACCAGGAUGUGAAUGAAACAUGGAGCCUACAUUUCCCAGAGCUGUAUGAGCCAGGCCAGCGCAACCUCUAUUUCAACAAGAAGGAAUUUGUGAAGUGUUUGAUGCAUGGGAUCUACAGUUCCUUAGUGCUGUUCUUUAUCCCUAUGGGGACCGUUUACAAUUCAGUGCGCAGCGAUGGGAAGGAAAUCUCCGACUACCAGUCCUUCUCCAUGAUAGUGCAGACCUCCUUGCUCUGUGUGGUCACAAUGCAGAUUGCCCUGGAGACAACCUACUGGACAACGAUAAGCCACAUCUUCACCUGGGGUAGCCUGGGUUUCUACUUUUGCAUCUUAUUCUUCCUGUACAGUGAUGGCUUGUGCCUAAUGUUCCCCAACAUCUUCCAGUUCCUAGGUGUGGCCAGGAACACUCUGAACCUGCCACAAACGUGGCUGAGUAUUGUCCUCAGCGUGGUCCUCUGUAUGUUGCCUGUGAUUGGGUACCAAUUUCUCAAACCACUAUUCUGGCCCGUCAGUGUGGACGAGAUUAUUGACAGAAUUCAUCAUUGCAUGAGACAUCCACUGCCACACCCAGUCCAGACCAAGUUGAAACAUGGAAGCUUUCGACGUUCUGCCUAUGCCUUCUCCCACAAACAGGGCUUUGGGGCCCUCAUCACUUCCAGCAAGACAAUGAGGGCCAAAAUGCCCAAGAAAAACAGCUUUCCUUUUAAAAAGUAGAGGCCUUUACGGAAGCCCUAAAGGAGUCAGUCAUUGCUCUUCCUCCCUUGUAUUCACACAACUUAAUAAGGAGAGAUUAGAGUCCCUGGAAACCAGCAUAAACCUGUUCUUCCACUCUCACUCCAGGGGCUCAGCCUCUUCAUUCCCUAGAAGGCUAUGCCCAGGUAAGGCAAGGAAAGGUAAAGGGCCCCCAGACAUCUGUCAGAGUUACAGCAUUUCAAGAAAAAGUGAUGUCAGGCCUCCCUCUACCAACCCUUCCAAGUUUUAAUCCAUACAAGCAAACGUGGAAAUAAUAGGUGGAAUGUGGG